AUGGGAGUGGGGAGCAGGAAGCGGACUGGGACGGGGAGCAGGGAUUGGCACGGGGUGAGGAAUGGGGGGGAAGCUGUGCCAGGGCUGGCUCUGGCGUUAGGGAACGCGCCUGGAGCCGUGCCCGGCGCUGCUCGGGGCCGGUGUUUAGGACCCGGCGGGACGAGGCGGUGCCGGUGCCGGUCCCGCCCCGGCCCCAUUGUCUGGGCGCGGAGGCGGAGGGACGACCGGCGGUGGCUGCUCGCACGGACACGCCGCGGAGCCCUCCCGGCCAUGGCUCCCACACCGGCCCCGGGAGCGGCCCCGGGGACCCGGUUGGCGCUGCUGAUCGCCGCCCUGAUCUGCGCCUCAGCCAGGGGUGACGGGGAGCCCCCAGACCCCGUGUACCUGCCGGUGGAGCUGGAGGUGCUCGGCGUGCCCGAGUCCUACCGGCUGCAGCGGGCAGACCAGGACGUGCCCACCAACAGCUCCCUGCACGCCCGCACCGACACCUACCUGCUGCUGGCGCACGGCUCGGCCCCCCAGCCCCUGCUGCAGGCCACCUACCCACCCUUCAGCACCCGCCAGGAGGUGCCCACAGAGAGCCCCGCAGGGAGGGAGGGUUGGGCCGUCCGUGCUGUGUCACUCGAGAGCUCCGUGUCCCCAGCCGAGCCCUUCGCCCGGGUCCUCUUCCACCUGUGGGGUCCUGACUGGAUGCCAGGGCAGCGGGACCACCAUGGGCAGCAGCACCACCCCGGGGAGUGGGACCACCACCCUGGGGAACGGGACCACCCUGGGAAGCAGAACUACCCCAGGGAGUGGAGCCACCCCGGGCAACAGGACCACCCUGGGCAGUGGGACCACCCUGGGGAGCAGAACCACCCCAGGGAGUGGGACCACCACCCCGGGGAGCAGCACCACCCCGGGGAGCAGCACCACCCCGGGGAGCAGCACCACCCCGGGGAGUGGGACCACCCUGGCAAACGGGACCACCGGGAGCACUCCGUGGAGCACGAACACCCCGGGGCGUGGGACCUCCCCUGCGUCACCCUCCAUGCCCACCACCGCGGGCGGGUGGCCCGUGGGACGUGCCGCUUGCAGGCACCCUUGGGCGCCUGCGUGGUGGAGCUGGAGAUCCCUCCGCGCUGGUUCUCCUCACCGCCCCCCACCCCCCGCAGCCGCCGGCGGGCGGCCGAGCCCCCCGUGGCCCCCGAGCCGGCCGAGCCGGCCGAGCUGCGCUACGGGCUGCUGGCGGCGGCGGACUGCGGCCGCGCACGGAGCCCCGGGGAGGCGCCGCGGUACCUGGGGAGGUUGGAGCUGCGGGGGGCAGAGCCGGGGCGGCGCCAGGAGGUCCGCUUGGACGACAAGGUCCUGCUGAGGGUACCCGACGCCAGCCUGCGCCCCGGGCAGCGCUUCACCGCCACCCUCAGCCUGCGGCACAACUUCACCGCCGAGCAGCUGACCCUCCGGAUCAAGGCCAAGAAGGGGCUGCAGGUGGUGGCUGCCCGGGCUGGGGACAGCAGUGCUUGGAGCACCCAGCUGGAGCGUACCCGAGGUGCCAAGCACUCGAUGGCCGUGGUGACGUGCCAGCGCAGAGGGGACAGUGAGUGGAGGGCGAGCGACUCGGCUGCGUUCCUGCUGCUGGACGUGGUGGUGGAGAACGGCACGGGGGGGCUGGCCCCGGUGCGCCCCCUGACCUGGCAGGUGGAGUACCCUGGGCAGGACCCCGAGGCCCAGAAGGACAAACUGGUCUGGGAGGUCCAAGUGUCUGAGAGGGAUGUCCGAGCCCUCGUCCCCCUGGUGCAGGACCUGGAGCUGCUGAACACCGCGCCCCUGACGGGGGUCCCUCGCUCCAUCCCGGUCAGACUGGUGAUGGUGGCAGCUGGGGGUGGCAUCACCCAGCUCCCAGACCCCCCUCGCUGCGAGUCAGCCGACAGGCAGGUGCUGCAGGUGUCGGAUUCCUGUGACAGAGUCUUCGUGGGGGGCAAGGAGAGCCGGGGGGCCGGGGGGGCGCGGGUGGAUUUCUGGUGGCGGCGGCUCCACGCCUCGCUGAGCUUCAGCGUCUGGGCACCGCUGCUGCCCCUGCGUGUCCAGCUGGGGGACACCGUCCUGGAGCAGGUCAGGGGCUGGAGGCUGCCUGCUGGCACCGACAGCGGUGGCCCAGCCGAGGCGGAGGAGCCUGGGGAGGAGGCGGAGCGGCGGGCGCGGGGCUGCAGAGCCCAGUACCAGCGCACGGGGGUGAGGGUCCUGGCGCACUUCGUGUCCCACCCCCUGGACGGCGGCCGUCACCUCGCCUACCUGCCCGCCCCCCAGUGGCUCCUGGACGUCACCCACCUGGUGGCCGGCCGCACGCGGGUGCAGGACCCACGGGUGGCCUCGCUGGAGGGGGGCACCGUGGUGGUCGGCAGAGAGCCUGGGGUCACCUCUGUGGAGGUCCGCUCCCCACUGUCAGACUCCAUCCUGGGGGAGCAGAUGCUGGUGGUGUCCGAGGAGAAGGUGACAGUGACAGAGCUGCGUGCCCAGGUGGUGGCUGGGCUGUCCCUGGCGCUGCGGGCAGAGCCAGGCCACCCUGGCAUGGUCACAGCCACCGCCACGGGGACAACCGCCCUGCGUGCCCCCAAGCAGGAGGCGACGCUCUCGGUCUGGCUGUCCUUCUCCGACCGCACGCUGGCCCCGCUGGAGCUCUACGGCUGGCAGGAUGCCACCUUGACUGUCACCACCUUGGACCCCUCGGUGGCCACCGUCGGGGGCUCCCCUGGGGGCCCCUCCGCUCGCCCCUGGGUGGUGGCCGAGGGGCCGGGCCGCGGGGCCCUGCUGCAGCUCAGCCUGUACCCGCCGGACGCUUGCCGCCGGGGCCGGCACCGGGCGGCAGCGCUGGGCACCGGCACCGCCUGGCUCGAGGUGGGGCUGGGCCAACGCCUCCCCACCACCGGCGGCCCCCGAGCCCGGGGGGGUCGCCCCCGAGCCAGCUCCCCCUUCCCGAGAGCCGAAGGGGCCAUGUCGGGGGAGGCAGUGACGGCAGCCAGCGAGCCCCGGCGGAGGGACCCCGCGGGCGUAGGACCUGCUGCCACCAAGCUCCACGGCCUGGGGUCUUCCUCGGAGGAGGAGGAGGACGAGGAAGGCUACGGCCACCGCAGCCGAGCUGGCGGGCUGGAAGAAGAGGAGGAGGAGGAGAUGGUGAAGGCUCCUGAGCGGGUGACCGACCUGGAGAUCGGCAUGUACGUCCUGCUGGGCGUCUUCUGCUUGGCCAUCUUCAUCUUCCUGGUCAACUGCAUCUUCUUCGUCCUGCGCUACCAGCAGAAGGAGCUGCCCGACGGCGCCAGCGCUGCCCCCUCCGCCCCCCAGCCCCACAACUGGGUUUGGUUGGGCACCGACCAGGAAGAGCUGAGCCGGCAGCUGGACCGGCAGCAGCCGGAGCCGCCGGGAGCCAAAGCGGCCACCGACGGCGGCCGCUGCUGCUGCGGGGAGCCGCCGGGCGCCGCGCCCGCCCCGGAAGCCGGGGCUCCCCCCCCCGCCGAUACCCCAACGCCCGGAGCUCCUCUGCCUCGCAAAGAGGGGGGCACGGCGGGGGGGGGCCGCAGGAAGAGGGUGGAGUUUGUCACCUUUGCCCCCGCCCGGGCCCCCGAGGAGCCCCCCGAGCCCGUCCCCAAUGUCCAGUCCAUCCUGGUGGCCAGCGAGGAUGACAUCCGUUGGGUGUGUGAGGACAUGGGGCUGAGGGACCCCGAGGAGCUCAGGAGCUACAUGGAGAGGAUCCGGGGUAGCUCCUGACCAUGGAGGGCUUCCCCCCCAGCCCCCUCC